GCCACUGCUGGACACCACUGAGUGGCUGAGGUAGAGCACCACCUUAGUGUCCGCUCCCACCAGUUUUAGAUCUGCCCCCAACACAGCCCAUCAACUGCCAUAGUCACAAGUCUGUUAACCUCCAGGACAGCCAGCAGCGUUGGGAGCCCAGUGUCCCUCAGACAGGAUGACCCUCCUACUACUGCUCACCUCGACACUCCUGUCCAGCUACUUCCAUCCAUGGGGAGUGGUGAACGCACAGUCAUUUACGAUAAGAAACAUCACCCUGUCCAUCGAGCCCAGUACUGAUGUGACACGGGACACCAAUGUGACUCUGAGAUGCAAGGCCCUCGUCAGCAGCUCGGGGCAGGCGGUGCUGAGUCGUGAGUACACUAUAUACAAAGACAGCAACGUUGUCUACACCAAGACCUCCAGCACCCCAGAGGAUCUGCUGUACCCACUGCCCGAGGCCAGAGUCUUCAACAGUGGCAAAUAUAAGUGCACGAUUAAAAUUGAGAGCAGAGAGAUGAGCAGCGACGUCAAGAAACUCACGGUAACAGGCCUGUCAAAACCAGUUCUCCACCUUAACAAGGGUGUGGUCAAUGAAGGGGAGGAGGUAACGGCCAGGUGUUCGGCGCCUGGUGAGACAGGCUCCAUUUACUUCUACUUCUUCAAGGACUCCAAAGAGUUCCAGGAAAAGUCUACCAAUUCCAACCAGACAGAGAUCAAGCUACACUUCAGCAGUGUUGGCGUCCACAAAAUUCACUGUUCCUAUACUGUCUUCGUAAGGCCAGAAUCCUUUAAGUCUGAGGACAGCAACAAUGUCACUGUUUCAGUCAAAGAGCUGCCCAUUACAGCAGUUUUGGUGAUUGACCCUCAGUCCAAAAUCUAUGAAGGAGACCAACUCGACAUCUCGUGUUCCAUAAGCAACAUGCACAACUCUGAAAGUUUCGUUCUCUACCUGAGCCAGGGGGACAGCCUUCUUAAGACUGGAAACAAAACCACAACACUUAACCACGUCAUGGUUGCAAAGGCAAUUGAUCCUGGGGAGUUUGAGUGCAAAUUAGAGAUUGGAAAUAUAGUGAAAGUCGCCACAAAGAUACUUUCAGUGACUGAACUGUUUUCAGCGCCUACUAUCACCAUAUCUCCAGCUGAAGUCUUUCAAAAGGAAAUUAUGCAAAUAACCUGCAGAUGUGAGAGAUAUGCCUCUGAAAGACUCACCAAGGAAGAUGUGACUUACACUCUUGAUCCACCACAAAGCCCGCUGAACCCCAGGGGCAAUGGAGUAUUUUCUGGCAGGGCCCUACUAUUUGAAUUCAACUAUACCUGUGUUGCUGAAGCCAAGGGCAUUGAGAAACACAGUGAAGCCCUGACUGUACGUCCUAAAGUUUAUGUCUCCAUGCCAAGGAUCUCUGCGGUUGGCAAGGCAGUUCUAGGAAAGCCCAUCAAGAUCCUCUGUCAGUCAGACUUCGGCAGCCUGCCGAUAAACUACACCCUGUUCAAGGAUUAUAAACCACUGAGCACAACCAGCAUCAAGCUGUCCUCUCAACAAGCUCUCUUCACAGUCACCAUCACCAAGCCUGAAGAAAUAAACAAGUUCAUGUGUGAGGCAAAGAACAGUCGAAAGGACGGCGAGCUCAGUAAAAAUCUCCUCACUGCUGUCAUAGAGCCUCUGUCGUACCCGACUGUGACCAUCCUCCCCAGCUUAGAAGACCUUUAUGAGGGAGGUUCUCUUGACCUCUUAUGUAGUAUAAGAGGUACUCCGCCGGUCACCUUUAAGUGGUACCGUGAAGGCCGUGAACAGCCACUUAAUACUACCACCUCCAACCAGAACUACACAAAAUACCAUGUCCCCUUGUUGUCUAAAGAAUUCAGCGGAAAAUACUACUGCGAGGCAGUCAACCACGCCAACAACGUCCGCAGUGACGAUGUCAACAUAGUGGUGCAACUGGCGCAUUGGAAGAAAGGUGUGAUCGCGGGGUUCUGUCUACUGGCGGUGUCGGUGUUGGUGGUGUGUGUGCUGUGGUUCAGAUCCAAAAGAGGUAAAAGAGAAGCAGCUGCUGAACUGUCGGUAAAGCCUCCGAGCUCUAAAUCAGAUGACUCUUUAACAGUGAAUCUAACCUACGACACAGAGGUUUAUAACGCAGCCUCAGUGAAGGUGGACAGAGUUGCAGUCAGUGUGUGGAGCAAGCGACCAUCUGAAGAUGAUGCCGACAGUGACGAAGAGAGCAGCGUGAAGUCCAAUGAGCCUGAUGUGGAGUACACUGAGGUGGUGCAUCCCGGGCCAGUAGAUCCCGCUAGAGUCCCACUCAGAAAAGGCACAGACACAGUGUACAGCGAGCUUCAAAAAUCUCCACAUGGGUUCAGUAGAGUACGCUGAGCUCAACAGUGAACAACCUGAGAUCAAUCACUACCAUCAAGAGGUCAACAACUACCAGGACCUGCCGGUGCCGGUGGAUUAGUGAUCACAGCCUGCUUUUUUCCUCACACACUUUUCUGUUUCCUUCUGUUUUUGUCAGCUUUACCAAGUACAUUCUCAGAUUCCAAUCAGUGAAAUAAUUGACUGCUAAGUUAGCUGUAAAUAUUUUUGUAUCUUAAUAAACGCAUGUCACAUAUCUUCA